AUGAUCCAGCAGCAGCUGAGACAGCUCCUGCCAGAGAGGAAGGUGGACACUUCUGCUGCCCUCACACUUCUUGGCGGGUCAGUGGCAGCUGUGGUGGUCUGGAAAUGGCUGGGCAAAAAGAUGAUCCAGAAGAAAAUGGAAGAAGCUCGGAAAAGCCGGGAUGAGGGUCUGAAGAAAAUGGCAAAGGCUGUCCAGCAGUUCAGGGAGCAGGUUCCCAGUGUCCAGACAGAUGCCAUCCUUUCCCUGCCUCUGCUGGAACUCACUGAAAGACUCCAGGAAGGGUCUCUGUCUCCCAAGACUGUCCUCUACACCUACUUAGAGAAGGCUCUGGAAGUGAACCAGCAGACAAAUUGCUUGCGACAUUUCAUCCCAGAGUGUGAGGAGCAGCUCCAGGAAAUACAACAGCAGAAGGAGAAAGGGCUGCUCUAUGGCAUCCCCGUCAGCAUCAAGGAUCACAUCGGCCACAAGGGGCAUCUGACAACUUGUGGGCUUGUACAGCACCUGGAUACUCUGAUGAAGGAGGACAGUGUCCUGGUCAAAGUUCUGAAGAGACAAGGGGCCAUCCCAUUUGCAAUGACCAACGUGCCACAGUCCCUCUUCAGCUAUGACUGCAUCAAUCCCAUCUUUGGCCAGACCUUGAACCCCCUCAACCACCAGAAGAGCCCUGGGGGCUCCUCGGGAGGGGAGGGAGCUCUGAUCUCAGGGGGAGGCUCCAUCCUGGGCAUCGGCUCGGACAUCGGGGGCAGCAUCCGCCUGCCCUCCAGCUUCUGUGGGCUGUGUGGGCUCAAACCCACGGCAGAAAGGCUCAGCCUGUCUGGAGUGACUGGCCCUGUCAAUGGGAUCCUGGCAGUUCCUUGUGCUGUGGGGCCGAUGGCGAGGGACGUGGACAGCCUGGCCCUGUGCAUGAGGGCGCUGCUCUGCGAGGAGAUGUUCCGGCUGGACCCCACCGUGCCCCCCAUCCCCUUCAACGGGGAGGUGUACUGCAGCUCCACUCCCCUGCGGAUCGGGUACUACGACACCGAUGGUUACUUCCCACUGCCCCCCUGCAUGCGGCGGGCGGUGAAGGCAACCAGGAGAGCUCUGCAGGCAGCCGGGCACCAGCUGGUGCCCUUUUCUCCACCCCGGAUCCCCUAUGUCAUGACUGAACUGUUUAUGAAGACGCUUUUUGCUGAUGGAGGACGUGCUUGGUUGGAUGUGUUCACAGGAGAUAUCAUAGACCCAAGCUUGAAACCACAGGCGAAUUCCUGCAAGACCCCAAGGCUGGUAAAGAAGAUUCUGGCUCUGCUUCUUAAACCUCUGUUUCCCCGCCUGGCUGACUAUCUGAAUGCCAUGAGUGGAAUGAGGUCAGUGAAGGAGAUGUGGAAUCAUCACCAUCAAAUACAGGUGUACCGCUCCGAGUUCAUCACCCGGUGGAAGGAACUGCAUCUGGACGUUGUGCUGUGCCCUGUCCUGGGGCCUGCCUUCACCACGGGAUACCCCGGGAAACUCCUCACUGCCAUCUCCUCCACGAUGCUGUACAACGUCUUGAACUUCCCUGCUGGGGUUGUACCCGUCAGCACAGUGACAGAAGCGGAUGAGGAAGAGCUGAAGCUUUACCAAGGAUGCUGUGAUGACCCCUGGGACAGGAAGCUGAAACAGGCUGUGUCAGGAGCCGUGGGGAUGCCCGUGGCCGUGCAGUGCGUGGCCUUGCCGUGGCAGGAGGAGCUGUGCCUGCGGUUCAUGAAGGAGGUGGAGACCCUCAGCCGUGAGAAGAGAGUGGCGUAGCCCCCAUGGUCCCCUCAGGGCCCAAGGGACAGCGCUGCACGACUGCCACUGGCAGUGCAGAGACUACAAAGAGGAGGGAAGGAGGAAGGAAACACCGUUUCCUGACCUCUCUCGUUGCCAAUAAGC